GAUUCCCAACCAAAGGGGGGAAAAAACAAGGGAAGAAAAAAAGUGUAGAAAGUGCAGAGACAAGAGGUUGCGCUGCAUCUCAUCCUGCAGAGCCCCUCAGAAAGAAGCAGAGUUAAGGCAGAAAAAGUGAGCAAAGGUUUACUGUGUGUCUCUCUGAGGAGAAUGAGAGUGCAGAGAAGAAGUGCAUCCAGAUGUUUUAUGUUCUCACUAUAUCCACAGUCUCUGCACAGCUCUGCAUGCUCACAAGGAUAAGGAACAUCUCCACUUUGAACUCACUUUGAACUCAAAUCAUUGGAUAGCAUGCAUUUUCUGUGAAAAGGACUAUUUUGUCUGUCUGUUUUUUUGUUUUUUUUGGGGUGUCCACAGAAUGGAGAGUGUCAAACUGCUGUUGUUGGAUAUAUUGUGGAUCGUGGCAAUGUCUGCACAAGGACUUUCUGCUCCAUAUCACGACAAUGAGACAGUGCCACUGAGGAAAAGACAGGAAACAGAGCUGGAGGUAGCAGAGAUGAGGAUGCUGAGGUUCUCACUGGGAGUGACCAGGAUGGAUAGGAUCGGGAAGGAGUACAUCAGAGGGACAAUACAAUGAUUGACCUUCUGGCAGCUUUAAACAUGUCUCACCCAAAAAGCGGACUGUCCAGACUACACACUCCCACAGGGAUCGUGUAUAGAAUUCGUCCCAAAGCGCCUCACUUGACCCUCCCUCAGGAAUAUUCCCAGAUACUGCACUCCAACCUCCAGGGAAGCAUGGGGUUACACUUUGUGGGACACCAGUUACAGGGCAUCAACAUCACCCUUCUGUCCCUCUCCACGUCAUCCUCACCCAUUUUUCAACUCACUUCCUCCACUCUGGAGGACACUCUGCGUGUGGACUACCAGACGGUGGGAGGCGUUCAGAGCUUUGUUUUUCCCAGGAGAAACCCCUUCUCCUCAGGGGAAUGGGUACAGUUGGCCGUCAGCCUGGAGCCAAGCAGGCUCGUAUAUUUUGUGGACUGUCAAGAAGCUGAAGUUGUACUAAUAAAAGAAGAGGAGAAGUUCAAUGUGGAACUACCCCAAGAUGUUGUUAUUACUCUGGCCAGCACACCGGGGAACAAAGACAGCAAGUUUAGUGGUCAUUUCAAGAAAGCUGAGAUUUCCAUGAAGGCAUAUCAGAAACGUCCUUGGCACUGUGACCAUGUUACAGAUGUUCUCCUUGUAUCCAAACACAUGCAGCACAAUGACAGUGUCCCAGCAUUACAACAGAAUGUGUCUUCCACCAGUCAAGCCACUCGGACACCUCUCCAAACCGUUAUCCAAUAUCCACACAACAUCCAGAGUGACCAGCUGCAAAGAGGAGUGGUCCUGGGACCUCCAGGACUUCCUCAAGGGGGGAAGCCUGUUUCCCAAGGCCCGAGCAAGCUGGAGACCAGGCUGGAGGAUCUGGCUCGUAUGGUGGACAUGCUCAAAGCUCAGAACGAGGAGCUGGAGUCGCGAGUACGCCACCUGGAGGGAUGUGAGUGUGUUAGGCGGUUGUGUGUGUGGGAAGGUCGCGAGGUGGAGGAUGGACGACGCUGGCAGACGGACGUCAACACUGUGUGUGUGUGCACAUCUGGAACGGUCACAUGUCAAGCUAAUGUAAUAGAUUGUGAGACGGACAUAAGAGUUCAUAAUGUUUCCUACACUGCUCAUACGUGUGAGGGUGGUAACAGGGAGUGUUCGACGGUACCCUGCCCUCCGCUGGACUGCACACAAAAGGAGAGUGUACCCGGGGAGUGCUGCCAGCAAUGCAGCAGCUGCAUCCAUUCAGGUGUGCAUUAUGAUCACGAUGCAAAGUGGAGGCCAGCAGAGAGUCCCUGUGACGUCUGCCACUGUUUGGAAGGUGAUGUUCGCUGUGAAAGGGAGCGAUGUCAUACGCCUUGUAGCAACCCAGAGCCUCCUCCACACAACUCCUGCUGUCCUGUGUGUCAAGGCUGUGGUGUGAAUGGACACAACUUCCCAAAUGGCGCCGUCAUCCCCACUGGAGACCGCUGUGAAGAAUGCACAUGUGUGGAUGGAAAUAUAGCUUGCUCACCUCGUCCAUGUCCUGCCCUGUUUUGUCCAAAUCCUGUGCAUCGUGUUGGUGACUGUUGUCCACGGUGUGAUCAGUGUGAGUAUGAAUCCACAGUCUACCUGGAUGGACAGAAGUUUCCAUCCACAGGUGACCCUUGUCUGCAGUGUCGCUGCUCUGCAGGUGAAGUGUCCUGUGAGCGUUUGGAGGCGACUUGUCCCGCGCCGGCCUGCAGCCAUCCAGCUAAACGUAAGGGACAGUGUUGUCCAACAUGCAACGAGUGUGACUUUGAUGGGAGGGUGUAUGCAGAUGGGAAAGUGUUUGUCCCACCUGGAAGUGGAUCCUGCCUGCAGUGCAGGUGUAAGAGUGGGAAUGUAGUUUGUCAUGAAGAGAAGUGUCCUCCUGUGCAGUGCUCCAACCCCAUCAUAGACCCACAUCGGUGUUGUCCUAUCUGCAAAGCGUGUGUGCUGGAGGGGUCCGAGUAUGAAGAUGGGUCCAGGUGGCACCCAGGUGAUCCCUGCUCCAGUUGCACAUGUGUGGAUGGAAACGCCUUGUGUACUCACAACCAGUGCCCCCCCACCACCUGUCAGCAUCCCACCAAGACCACUGGUUCUUGCUGUGCAGUUUGUGACAGCUGCACCUAUCACCAUCGUAUCUAUGGCAACGGGCAGAGGUUUGUGACACCGGACAAGCCCUGCCAAGUCUGCACAUGUCUGCAUGGCACUGUGGAAUGUGAGAGAAGACCUUGCCGCCCACUCAACUGUACCAACGCAUACACACCACCUGGGGAGUGCUGUCCUAAGUGCCCAGAUUGUUUCUUUGAAAACCACGUGUUUGUGGAUGGACAAGCCUUUCCCAACCCAGUGAGUGCGUGUGAGGAGUGUAAGUGUGCGAGUGGCAGAAUCGACUGUCACCAAGCGCAGUGUCCUCGUCCUCACUGUAACGCUCCUCUGUCGGGAACAUGCUGUCGCAACAACUGUAAUGGAUGCAGCUAUGCAGGAAGGGAGUAUCACAAUGGCCAGGAGUUUGCACACCCGACUGACUCAUGCAGGACCUGCAGCUGCAUUAAUGGAAAUGUCCAAUGUCUGAAGAAGAGAUGCCCACCACUGUCAUGCACGAACCCUCAUGCAUUGCCUGGAGAAUGCUGCCCCCAGUGCCCUGUGGCACCCUUAGACUGUGAGUACGAGCGACAAACUUACAAACACAGUCAACGUUUCUACCACCCGACUGGCAACUGUCAAUUAUGCUCCUGUACCAAUGGAACUGUCCACUGUCAGAGGAAGCCUUGUCCCUUUGCUUCCUGCUCCCAUCCAAUCACACGGGACUGUUGCCGAACAUGCGAAGGCUGCCUAUAUGAAAGUCGAGAGCGAGCCAAUGGGGAGAUGUGGGAUGAUGUUUCGGACCCUUGUUCUGUAUGUGUGUGUCAUGAGGGGUCUGUAAGGUGUGAGAGAAAGCGUUGCCCCCCGACAGACUGUAAGCACCCGGUGCAGAGACAGUGCUGCAUGUCCUGUGAUGGCUGCAUGUUUCAAGGGAGAGAAUACGCUGACGGAACCGAGUUUGUAGACGACAAAGAACCCUGUUCUGUUUGUUACUGCUACGGGGGGGAUGUGGUCUGCAGCAAACUACCCUGCUAUGGAGACUGCCGCCACCCUUACAAAGCACCUGGACAAUGCUGUGGAGAGUGUGAACGCUGCUUUUAUAAUGGAGCUGUCCUUGCUAAUGGACAGUCCUUUCCAGAUCCGGGCAACCCUUGCUCUGAAUGCACCUGCCAGACUGGCACUGUGCGCUGUGUGAAAAAGUCAUGUCCUCCAGCGCUCUGUCCUCACCCUGUCACUGACACAUGUGGAUGUCCUAUCUGUGACGGUUGUCACUUCCAAAGUGAGAAUUACAUUGAUGGGCAGAUCCUUGCAGGAGGAGAAGAUGGCUGCCAAGAGUGCACGUGUUCAAGGGGCGAGGUAGUGUGUACAUCGCGAAGGUGCCCAGUCGUGUCUUGUACUCAUCCGGCACUGGACGUCUGUGCAUGUGGCGUGUGUGAUGGAUGCAACUUUGAUGGGCGGGACUGUUUCAACGGAGAGCGAUUUGCUCAUCCCGUGGAUCAUUGUCAGCUCUGCUCCUGUCUGAAUGGCGGCGUGGUGUGCGUACAUGUGUCAUGUCCAAGUGUGACCUGUUUGCAUCCAGUGACCCCCCCAGGGGAGUGCUGCCCUGUCUGCACCGGGAUUUGUCGAUAUCAGGGGAAGGAAUACCAGUCCGCCUCAUCCUUCCCUUCACCCUCUGACCCCUGCUCCUCCUGCUCCUGUCUGAACGAGAUGGUGACCUGCCAAAGGAGACCGUGUCCAAUCCAGUGUUCCCACCCCAUCCCGUCAGACGCCUGCUGUCCCGUCUGUGACUCCUGUCUAUUUGAGGGUGUGGUCCACCCCCAAGGCUACACAUUCACCCUCUCCUCCAAUCCUUGCCAGCGUUGCACCUGUGUCAGAGGCACAGUUACCUGUGUGCCCCUUGUGUGCCCACCCACACCCUGCAGCCAAGCCGUCACCAAGCCAGGACAGUGCUGCCCUGAGUGCACAGCAUGUAUGUUGGAUGGACAUGAGUACAAUGACGGGGAGGUAUGGACCUUGGGUUCAAACCACUGCUCCACAUGCACCUGUCAGGCUGGUGUAGUACAGUGUACGUCUCCACAGUGUCCCAAGCUGACCUGCAUGCAUCAUGUGACUGAGCCAGGCGCAUGCUGUCCUCGAUGUAGAGGUUGUAUGUAUGAUGGAGGUGAGCAUUCGGAAGGCAGCAACUGGUUCGCCGACUCGUCUCACUGCAGGAGCUGCAUGUGCGUUGACGGAGUGACCACUUGCUCUGAAAUACGAUGCCUGUCUCCGUGCACCAACUUCAUCCAAGUGCCCGGGGAGUGCUGCCCUGUGUGUGCAGACUGUGUGUUUGAGGGCAGAGUAUACGGUCCAGGAGACAGCUUCCAUCCUGCUGGAGAUCCCUGCCAGGUCUGCACCUGUGAGGUGAUGCCAGAUGGAGAACAGCACCUGCGAUGUUACCGCAAACAGUGUCCAAGUCUGGUUGACUGCCCUAAGAAUAACAUCUUGUUCUCUGGACCCGACUCCUGCUGUCCUGUUUGUGCACAGCCCCUCAGUAACUGCACUGCUACACUGAUUGGCAAUGAGGUCCUGGCCACAGAUGACCCCUGUUUUACCUGCCAGUGCAAGGAUCUAACAUGGACCUGUCUCCAUCGAGCCUGCCACCCACUGACUUGCCCCCCCAGUGAACAGUUCACCCCUCCAGACUCGUGCUGUCCGGUGUGUAAAGACUGCGUGAUUGAGGGUCAGAACAGACGCAUGGCGAGCGGCAGCCGAUGGACGGACAGCGACGACAGCUGUGUUACAUGCACCUGCAAUCUGGGCUACAUUGAAUGCAGCAUUGAGGAGUGUUCAUCUGCACCUUGUCUGAAUAACCAGAGAGCAGUAAAGGUAGCAGGGAAAUGCUGCCAUGAAUGUCAAGACACCGGGGUGUCGUGUUUGCACCAGGGCACGUUGUAUCAGUCUGAUGAACAAUGGCAGGUGGACGAGUGCACCACUUGCACUUGUGUUUCUGGAGACGUGCACUGUCGCAGUGAACGCUGCCCUCCGCUCACCUGUGCUACAGAUGAGAUGCCAGCGGUUGUUCCAGGUUUGUGUUGUCCUCACUGCAUCCCUCGCCCGGCCACGUGCAUCGCGUUUGGCGAUCCUCAUUACCGCACCUUCGACGGCCGCAUGUUGCACUUCCAGGGGGCGUGCACCUACGUUCUGGCGAAGGACUGCGAGGGAGGAGACUUCAGCAUUCAUGCCACUAACGAGGAUCGUGGCCGUAAAGGAGUGUCAUGGACUAAAGAGGUGACCGUCUUUAUCGGUGAUGUCAGAGUACAGCUGCUCCAGGAUUGGCUUGUCAAGGUCAACGAUGAGACAGUGACGCUGCCAUUCCUCAGAGAACCAUACAUCUACAUAGAACGCAAAACCAACACCAUUCUGCUCAAUACCAACAUCGGCCUCAAGGUGCUAUGGAGCGGUCGCUCCCACCUGGAGGUGAGCGUUCCAGGGUCCUACAAGGGUCACACAUGUGGCCUCUGUGGAAACUUUAACAACUACCAUCAGGAUGACCUCCGCAUGCCUGGUGGACAGAUAAGCCUGUCAGAAGCAGAUUUUGGCAACAGCUGGAGGGUGACAAAUGGAAGCCACACCCUUUCAUUGUGUCGGCCCGGGGAGGAUGUCGACCCUUGCAAGGAGGCGGGCUACCACGCCAGAAAAGGUGCUAACGCUCGCUGUAAGGUCCUGAAGUCUGCAGUCUUUAUGCCUUGCCACCGUGUGGUCCCCCCUGAGGCGUGGUACGCCGCCUGCGUGUACGAUCUGUGCGCCUGCGGGGCCAACACUGACGAGUGUCUGUGUGACACACUGGAGGCCUACGCCAGCCAGUGUCGAGAGGCCGGGGUGGUCCUACGCUGGAGGAGCCCAUCGCUGUGUGCUGUGGGCUGUCCAGUGGAGAGGGGAUUCGUGUUUGACGAGUGCGGCCCCCCAUGUCCCGUGACGUGCUUCAACGCCGCCGUACCACUAGGGGUGAUAGAGAGCCACUGUUUCAAGCCAUGUGUGCCCGGCUGCCAGUGUCCCGCCGGGCUGGUGCUGCACAACAACUACUGCAUCCAUUCCAGCAAAUGUCCCAAAAUAAUUCAUGGCAAAAACUUGUGAUGAUGCUUGAAGUUUCACAUUUGGAGACGCACACUGCCGCCAUCUUUCAUGCACACUCGGCUUCAGUAGAAGAAAAGCUCAUGGAACCUCAACAUGUUCUUUAUGGCUGAAUAUGCGGUGCUAUUUCUAGAAGACAAGGGGUCGUAUUGUCAAUGUUUUUUGGUUGAAAAAAAGCUUGAGAAUAAUAAAGAAAAACACCCUUUUUAGACUUGUAACUGGUUUGACACUUAUUUCAAGUAUUAUGUGCACCAUUCUUACUAAAUACUGUGUUAACUAUAUGUUUUAUGUUUUUAAGCACUGUGCAAUGUCUGACUGUAAGGCACAUUAUCUCAGGUACUCAUU